UGAUUUCCUUGAUGGAUCAGUAUGAUUCUAUGAAUCACUCAUCAGAGCCUAGGCACGGACUUCUAAGAGAUCGAGUUCGAUUGGUGAAGCGGAAGGAUUGUAAUCGUUAUGAAGUUGUUCCAAUUCAAGGUUCAUUAUCAUUUGAAAAGGGCUUCUAUGUUGUACUCCGUGCAUGCCAGUUGUUGGCACAAAGCAACGAUGGGAUUAUUUUGGUUGGAGUGGCUGGCCCUUCUGGGGCAGGGAAGACAGUAUUUACAGAUAAAAUUCUUGAUUUCCUGCCAGAUGUAGCUGUAAUAUCAAUGGACAACUAUAAUGAUCCAAGUCGUAUUGUUGAUAAAAAUUUUGAUGAUCCGCGAAUAACAGAUUAUAGCACAUUGUUGGAAAACAUUGGAGGACUAAAAGAAGGGAGAUCUGUUCAGGUGCCGAUAUAUGAUUUUAAAGCUAGCAGUCGCAUAGGAUACAGGACUGUUGAUGUGCCGAGCUCUCGAAUAGUCAUUCUGGAAGGUAUCUAUGCUUUGAGUGACAAAUUGCGCCCUUUACUUGACCUUCGUGUUUCCGUGACGGGCGGUGUACAUUUUGACCUUGUCAAAAGAGUUUUGAGAGACAUACAGCGUGCUGGACAAGGACCUGAAGAAAUAAUUUAUCAAAUUACAGAAACGGUCUAUCCAAUGUACAAGGCUUUCAUUGAGCCAGACCUGCAAACAGCGCAUAUAAAAAUUAAGAACAAGUUCAACCCGUUCACAGGCUUCCAGAAUCCAACCUAUACUUUAAAGUCAACAAAGACUGUUUCAGUGGACCAAAUUAAGUCUGUUCUCUCUGAAGAACACGAAGAAGUUAGAGAGGAAACUUAUGACAUUUAUCUAUUACCACCAGGUGAAGAUCCAGAAACGUGCCACUCUUAUUUACGAAUGAGAAACAAGGAUGGGAAGUACAACCUUAUGUUUGAGGAAUGGGUCACAGACAACCCCUUCAUCAUUUCACCGAGAAUUACUUUUCAAGUUGGUGUGCGUCUUCUUGGUGGGUUAAUGGCACUAGGCUAUAGCAUUGCAGCUAUUUUAAAAAGAAACAGCCAUGUAUUCUCUGAUGAUCAAGUAGUUGUAAAGCUUGAUUGGUUAGAACAAUUGAAUCAUUGCUAUAUACAGGUAGAAGGAAAAGAACGAAAGUCUGUCAAGUACAUAGCAGAGCAGUUGGGUUUGGAAGGUUCUUACAUUCCUCAUACUUACAUUGAACAGAUUCAACUGGAAAAGCUCGUGAAUGAAUCAAUGGCAUUGCCAGAUGAUUUGCAGCGAAAGCUAAGUCCAUAUGAUCAUGAAAUGGUCUUUAGUCCUAGAGAAGCUCCUGAACAGGCAUCUAGAAAUACGGUUUUAAAGGAAAAUAAGAAUUCUACCAGAGUAAUAUCUCGCUCCUACUCGACGCAUGAGGACAAAAGCGUGGCUAAGCUCACUGCACUUACCAUCAAUGGCAGAAGUUCUAAGAGACACGCCUUUGAAUCAUCUGCAAUCAGCCAGGAAAAUGGUCAACUCUCAGAACAGAUAUCAACUCUAACUGAAAGGAUUUAUGUGCUUAGCUCACAAAUGGAAGAACUCAACUCAAUGUUUAGUUCCCAGAAAUUUGUGGCAAGUACACAACGUUUAUUUCUUGAAAGUGAAACUCUUCCGUCAUUAAUGUCUGUGUCUAACCAAGGCAAUGACACCCUCCUGCCCAGUUCAUCUUCUUCGCCCAAACUAAACAAAGAUUUAACCCUGACAGAUGAGCUCCUGCUCAUCACGCGAGGACAUCACCAAAUCAUGCAACGUUUGAGUAACAUUUCGACCUUAGUGAGUGAGCACUUGACCAAACAACAAAGAAUUCAGAGCAAAAAUAAACUACUCGAUUUCAUGUUCAUUGGGACUCCAGUCAUGAUAGUGGUGGUUGGCGGCAUCAGCAGUUUUCUUUUGAAACGUUUUAAGCAAGACUAAAAAAUCAAGGCCGAGUCGUAUCAGCAUUAUUUAGCUCAGGUUGCAGGACUAGAAAAAACUGGUCCCUCAUAGUUACAGUCUUUUGUUUUUUUUUGUCAUCAUUGCUUUCCAUAUUUUUGGGAGAGAAGAUUCAUAGUUUUUUCCGGCACUGAUUCUUCUUUUCCGCCUCUCGAGAAUGUAGAUGCUAA